CGAAAAUCAAUUUAUUUUAAUAUCGAAAACUACAAUCUUAAAUCAAACAGUCUAUUUAAUCACCAACAAAAUAAAUCAGCAGACAAGGAAACAAUAUGCCUAUCAACGAUAAAUCAGGAGUUUCGGGUGGUGUUACCUGGGUUACAAGUACUGUUGGCAAUGGUGUCUCAGGCGUCACAAACACAGUAGGGGGUGUAGUUGGAGCUGUUGGACGAGGAUUGGGAGAAACUGUAAAUGGAGUUACCGGAAAUGCAGGUAAACCCGUAGGCGAUGGGAUUAAAGAUAUAGGAGAGGGCAUUGAAGGUGGAGCUGCACGUGUAGCAAAGGGGGUCAAGAACGCAGGGGAGGGUCAGCAUGGGCCUUUGAGAUGAGAAAUAUCUCUUUCGGUUAAGGGUUUGGGCAGUCUGCGGAUUUGAUAUGAUACCAAUGUUUUUUCUUUAAAUGGGCCGUCGCCUAGAAAUAUAUGACAAAUUUGUUAUUUGAGAUAACCAUUGUUAUUUGAUACUUAUCUAUUUAACAGGAAUUAUCCAUCGCAUGUCGCGAACGAAUG